AUGCAGUCUCAACUUUCUAAUGAUGUUACGACAAAUAAUGAGAUUGAAGACAUAAAUCUCAUUACAUUACCACCAGAAAAUAAUUAUAAAUUCAAAGGAGAGGACACAAUGUAUUUUUUUACGCCAAGAAGUAAGAAGUAUGAAAAUGGGCAACGUCCUGAUCGAGCAGUUGAAAAUCAUGGUUUUUGGAAAGCUACUGGAAAAGAAAAUUCAGUGAUGAAUAAUGAUGUUGAAAUUGGAUUCAAAAGAAGUUUAGUGUUUUACACAGGUAAACAAGGAAAGACUAAAGAGUUAGUGAAUUUGAAGACCAAUUGGAUUAUGCAAGAGUUCAGAAUCAAAGAUUUUACAAUUUCUGGUGCAACUCUUUAUAGUAAUAAGGUAUGA